UGGUUGACAUGAACAGCAAUGCUAUCUAUGUUGAACAGUGUUAUAUUUAUGCAAAAAAAGCAGCAGAUUUACGUAUGGGUAUUCAUUCCCCAAGAGAUAUCCAAGCAAAUGCAUGGAUGACCGUUUCAAUAUGUUUGUUCGUCACUUUGUAACACAUUUUUAGCGCAAUCCUUACUAAGCUCUUCACCCCACAAAACACAUUAUGGGCGCACUUCGUUAUUUCUCAAAGUUUGUAUGGAAAACAAGAGAGAAAGUCAUCGCUAUUUGCGUUUCGUGACGAUUGAGCUCAGUCAGCACCUGUGGGUAGCUCGAGUCCAUUCGAUAACGGCGGUGAGUUGCUGAGGAGUGGGACUGACAAGUCAGGGUCUGAUAGUUUAUCACCUGCCGCCCAGACGCUGCAUGAGCGGGGAGUGAUCUAAAAUAAAGCUGCUGAAAAAAGAUCCGUUAAACCACGAAGCGCACAGACAUCUCCCUCCCACUCGCAAAGCUGUCAGACAGCAGAGGCACCGCUGCUAAGCAGAGAGCGCACUGAACCCGAGAGCGCAGAUGCACUUGGCCAAAUCAAUUCCAGUAAUUGAUAAAAUAAUUAUACAUUUCCUCUGACACAUCGCGACCCGACCCAUACUUUAAGAUACGCUGCUCUAGGGAAGUUGUUUAGAUAGAAUGAAUAGGCUCCAUUGUUAUGUUAACCGUUUAACCAGUGUGAUUCAUUCACUUCAAGGUUGCAUCUCUGCAUCACUUCAAGGCUGGAGACCGUUGUGUGGUUAAUCGUUAUAAUACUGAUUAGCGUGAGACAAAUUACCUUAGUUUAAUCCCGGGAAAUGGCCUUGGAUAUCAACAAUGCCGAUAUUAUAUACCAAACAGAUGUGGAUGGAUCAACACCCUCUCUGAUUCCUCUGGGGGGUCAACCUGACCUGAGGUGGAACUCUACUCCUGCCCAGACUGCUAUUUGUGGGGCACAGGCUCCUCCUAUAUGAGCGUGUACUAUAUUGAUUGUGUUACUUGAUUGUGAUCUGCACUCUAACUAACUUUCAGCCCAUAAUGUCAACUGGCAGUCACAUAUCAAAAACAUGUUGCAGUUUGUUAGAAAAAUCAAUAACUUGGUUGAUGGAUAACCAUUGCUUAGUUUUCACAAUAGUUUCUAUUUUUUAUACUUGAAAUCCUACCCAGUUCAAUGUGCUGGGACGGAUAGAACUGACACAACAUGGAUAACGCCUGUGAAAAUGCCAGAGCAAGAGAAUGGAAUAAUGGUGAUGGAUACAGCUGCCAUAAUAUGGCUCAGUGGGAAAGUCCUCCCCCUGCUGGUGAAAGACAGUACCUCAUCCAACAGGAAAGGGAACGCCAGUGGCUGAACCAUGAGAAAGAAGCUGCCAUACGGGCCCACUACAACUCCCUUAGACAAAACUCUCCAAUGGACUUCCGUGGACAUGGGGCACAAGAGACCCAGCCGCCGCAUCUGUAUCAUCAGGACCAUCACAGAAUGGCUCCGAGUCAGAACAUAAAGGAUUGGCCAAAUCUCUAUGGACCCCUGAGAGGCCAGGCAUCCCCUAAUGUAACCUUACACCGCAGUGGAGAGAUAACAGAAACAUGGGCUAAGCAUGAACCCCACUUCCCCAGCUAUGAGUUUUUGCCCCCACUCAUUGUCGAAAGAGGGCAUGAGGAUAUAACCCAUCACCAUAAAGCUGACCGGGAUUAUAUGGUUGGUCGAAUAGUGAAUUAUAACAAUCUCCAUUACUUGGAAAGCAAAUGGCAGAUGUUAGAUCCCACCCAUUCCAAUGGACAUGCUAGAGGACAUUUUAAUGAACAUUCAAGGGGACAUUCUAAUUCCUAUUCCAGGGUUCAUUAUACUGAAUGCUCAAAGGGAAGUUCUAGGGGUGGGUCUAGUGGACGUUCUAGGAGUGGGUCUAGUGCACGUUCUAGGGGUGGCUCUAGUGCAUGUUCUAGGGGUGGCUCUAGUGGACGUUCUAGGGGUGGCUCUAGUGGACGUUCUAGGGGUGGCUCUAGUGGACGUUCUAGGGGUGGCUCUAGUGGACGUUCUAGGGGUGGCUCUAGUGGACGUUCUAGGGGUGGCUCUAGUGGACGUUCUAGGGGUGGCCCUAGUGGACGUUCUAGGGGUGGCUCUAGUGGACGUUCUAGGGGUGGCUCUAGUGGACGUUCUAGCGUCCAUUCCAGCAGGUCUCCCAGGCUGGACUUCCAGGCUAAGCAUGUCAAACUAUGACCAACAGUUCUACAGACAUUCAGAACGCCAACAUCACUCCAACUGUUCCUAUGGUCAACAACAAACACAGUGAAACAACAUCAGGUUAUACAACAGGUCCUGCGAGAUAUUCUACAUCACUUGUGCAGACCUUUACUACGACUGCACAGCAGUGUGUUUUUACGGAUUUCCCUUCCACGGGAGGUACAGAAUCUGGUGUUGUUGACCUAAAAGCAGCCCAGGUAACAAAUGCAGACACCCAUGGUAUACUAGGACCUAGUGUUCCUUUCCAAGCCAUAACACAACAUACAGAUCAUCUUCCUGGCAAUGCUGCUCUGGUUUCUCACACACAGACCUCUACCACCCCUGAACAGCAACCUGCUUCCUCUCCUUCUCUCACUGACACCCAUCGGGAAAAACCUCAUAAACAUAAGAUCUCACUCAAGGAAAUACAGCACUGGCCCCAGAGUGUUUUAAGAUCUAAAAAUGGACCUGUAAAUGGGAAUAACUCAACACAAGACCCCUCUCAGUCCCAACAAUCUAGCACAGAGAAGAUGGAUGUUUUACAAGUAGACAAAACACAACUACAUCUAAACACCAAAGACUACCAGGCGAGGCCCCCUGAGAGGUUUAGUGAUGAGGACUCCACUAUACGGCUGGAGAUUAAGUCCACCCCCAGGUACAUGACCCUGACGGCAGUCGCCACCGCUCCGCCGCCCCCCGUGGCUAUCGUCCCGCCAAUGGGUCCACAGCAGUCCCCAGAGCCCAUGGAGACAGAGAAUGCAGGCAAUGAGCUGCCAUUUAAGAUUUUACAGACCUGGUCCAUCAACGAAAAACAGGCAGAAAACCUGUGGGAAAGAGCUAAAGAUGAUGCAAGUUCUCUCUCUGUCCUAAAUGAGAUGGUUCAAGUUGAGUGUCUUCUGGAGUGUGAUAAACCUGUAGAUGCAUCUGCCACAAGUUCAAUGGCAUCUACAGGAGAGGACAAUGAUGAGGUCCUUCAGGUCAUCACACAAAUGGACAAGAGAUCACCUUCACCAUUUGUCCACACCAACCCUCAGGCAACUGAUAUUGUAUGCAUCGGUGGUGCCCAGAUAAUCGUGGAAGGUAGCUCUAAUGUUGCAGAUGAGAGCACUCUUGAUUUGUCCACAAUUUCUGAAGUUCAGUUCAAGUUAUGUGCGCUGCAGAGACUGGUUACUUAUCUGGAGAGUGCGACAACACUCACAGAGGCAGAGGAUGGUUGUCUCGAGGCCAUAUUGGAGUUGUAUCGGGGAGGGGAUACUUCUGACCUGGUAGAGGCUUUAAAAGAUCAAAUGGAUGAGAAAAUCAUGCAGGAUGUGUCUGCCUGGGCCACAGAGGAUGAGAAGGCAGUGGUUCUCUUUGCAGUCAGUGGUAUAUCACUAGGGGAAGUGCUCGAGAAGUUUCCCAUUCCAGUACAUGUUGACACCUCUUCCCAAGUGGGUUACAGGUCGUCAUGGUUAAAUGUCAACGAGAAGCUGAAUGACAUUGACAAAGAUUCUGGAAGAGCUUGGUCUCUGUGGUUCAUACCAGAUAAAGCAGAGGACAGUUCCAAAGUGGUUGGGGGUGUCCAGAUGGAUGAGACCUUCCACAGCAAGAUGGAGACUGUGGAAUUUCCUGCAGAAACAACAGACUCAGACCUCACAACAAACACAGACCUCACGAUGGACGCAGACCCCACAACAAACACAGACCUCACGAUGGAUGUAGACCCCCCAACAAACACAGACCUCCCAACAAACGCAGACUUGGAGACAGAACCCCUUUCCCCAAUGAUUUUGACCGUCCUCACACCAGAGGACGCUGUGAAACUGCUUGCUGAAACAGAGGCACCAGACACAGACCUCAAAACGGUCGUAGACCUCACAACAGACUCGGACACAGAACCCCUUUCCCCAAUGAAUUUGACCAUCCUGACAUCUGAGGAUGCCAUGAGACUGUUUUGCCAGAUCGAGAAUGGCUCUGACCUCCAAUUCGCGUCCCCUAAAUCCUGCUCUAAAAACAAAGAUAAAACACAGACAAAGCAACUAGAGAAUAUAGAAAGUGGCAGCUUAGAUAAGUCCUGCUACUGUCCUUGUGGUAUUGAAACUGACAAUGGGUUUGAAAUGGGCCUAUGCUCCAGUUGUCAGAGAGAGAAAGGAUUGCAGCAAGGUACAAGAUGCAUAACAAUCGCUCACUGCUUUACCAUGUCACGUACAAAUGAUCAGGAGACAGAGGUCCCUAAGGACUCUGGGGGGAAGGUGACUGUUGACAGUCAAUGCAGGGACAAGAAGCAGAUACAUUCAACUGAAGAAGAGGGUGAUGACAAUAAGACACAGGGUGAAAUGCAGCAAUGGACAGGCGUCAUACCGAUCAUUGACUUUUUUUUCUGGUCAGAUACCGAUCAGGAGACAGAGGAGAGCUAUAAUGAACAACAUGCUCAGAUUGAAGCUCAUGCUUCUAAUGUUAAAAGGACAGAACCUGAAACUGAUGCCAAAGCACCAUGUGCGUCAGCCCAAGAACGUACGACCCAAAGCAAAGUCAGUCCUGGUUCUGAGGAUAGGGAAAUAUGGCAAGAGAAGGACCAAGACUGCAGGACGAGUACAUUACCACUUCCCAAGGUUGAAAACCCCUCUAAGUUAAGAGCUAACAUCAUAGCAGACAACUGGUUUUCACCUAUAGAGGUCUGUGGUUCGCCUGUAGAAAAGUAUGACAAAGUUGCUGACUUUGUCACUCAAUACAAAACCUGCAAGUCAAAGAAAAAAGUACAUCAAAAAAUGGAAAAGGAGAAGACCCUCCAUCCAAUGUCAUCUGACAGGCAAAAGCACAAGAAAAGCCAUGGGAGAGCAGAGAGGGGAAGGACACCAUCCCAAACCGCUAAGAGCUCUGGGUUGAAGGCAACUAUGAAUGAUCAAUGCAGGGACAUGAAGCCACAUGCAUCACACAAGAAGAUACAUUCAACUGAGAGUGAUGAAAAUCGAUGUAAAGACAAGAAGAAGGGAUCAUCAACUGUGAAAGAGUGUGAGGGCUGUCAAUCCAGGGACAAGAAGCCACUGAAGAGGAGACAUUCAACUGAGAAAGAGCGUGAAGGCUGUCAAUCCAGGGACAAGAAGCCACCGAAGAGGAGACAUUCAACUGUGAAAGAGAGAGAGGACAAUCAAAGUAGGGACAAGAUGUCACAGAAGAGGAGAAAUUCAACUGAAACUGACGGCAGGAACUCAGACUCCAAAGAGUUACAGUGCCAGUUGGUGGACAUAGAGAGGGCCAGUGGAAACUCACUCCCGUGCCCUGGGGUGAAAACCCUCCAUGUGCAGGGAUCCUCAACCACCACCAUUCCUCUCAAAAUCUCCAUAAACAUCCCCAAAAAGCCUUCCAUAAACGCCUCACCCUCAAAACAUGCAGAGGAAAUCCUCAAAAUCCCGAAGACUAAAGCCCAGAACAAAACUAACAGACACUGCUCCCCUGCAAAGUCAAUGUCUCCUGUUGUCAAAGAGAGGCAGAGGAAUGGCGGCAAACAAAAGCAAACAAUUCAAUGCUUAAAAAUCAGAUUGGAAAAGCUGUCCUUACCCCAAAAUCUUGUCAAGAAAGGUUCUCCACCAAGCCGGAAGAGGGAGGAAGGUUCUCCACCAAGGCAGAAGAGGGUGGCAGAUAGAGGAGAGCCUGAGGGUUUAGGGGUAAAGGUUUCUAAGCAUCCUGACUUGUCCAAGAAACUAAAACGUAAGGCACAGAGCGACUUGAAAUCCCAAAAGAAUUUGACAAAGAUUCCAAAGGUGUUGAAUGGAAUGUUUUCAAAAAGUGAGUGUAAGAAUGACUCGCCGCCAAGGAUUCUGAAGCUUCCGAGGACUCCAGAGGUUUCAAAGGAUUGGCAUGAGAGAGAGAACAGGAAAGAGCCAUCUCCCAGUGCUUCACCUGAAUCACAAAUGCUGGACAAACCAGCAAGAGUGGCACACAAGCCCAAAUCUUUUAUCAAACUUGCCAGUCCCAGUGGUUACAGCCCAGGUAGUCAUGCUUGCCUUAAUACGGCCAUGGUGUCACCGUCACAUGGCAACGUAGAUUUUGGGGAAAAAGUCUCUGCGAGGCAACAGGUGUUCUCAGAUUGGGAGAGCAGCUUUGUACCGACUCCAACCCCCCGGACUCGUAGACGAUCAGGGUGUCCUCCAGAGGAAGUGGAAGGUCAACAGGCCAGUCCCAGGUCCAGCUCGGAGACCAGGAUCAUCCGACCCAUUCUAAAACGUGUCGAUGCUCCGCCAAAACCCAAGCGGAACAUCAGCUUUCCUUUGAAUCCAAGGAAAGUGCACUACUUCAAGCCCUGUGAAUAUGAAAAUUACGCCAUGUUCAACAGGUCUUACACAGAUCCGGAAGAUGCACAGUGUUCUGAAGAUGCUCCUGUGAACUGCCAGAACACGAAGGAACAGUCCCCCGUUAUGGAAGAGAAGCUGCGAGAUAUAGGGGAGCUGAAGCCUGGACCAAGUGUGUUUUGUGAAAAGAGCUUCAAAAAGGAAGUGGCAAAUGCAGGAUCCUGCUGCCAUUUUGAUGAAGAGUAUUUGUCAGGCAAAGCAUUGGACGAAGUCUCUCCAUCGUGAUCCUACGAAAGACUUCAGGCACUCAGCAAAAAUAACUGGAGUUGGUUACAAGUGGUCCGAGAAGCAGAAGAAGAGGCCAAAUGAAAUUGAAGAAAAAUCUCGACCUAGACUGACUGACCGUUGGGUUCUGAUUGGAAUCAUCUAGAUGAAAGGGUUCCUCUCUGAAUGCAAGCGCCCUUCACGGUCACCAUCCAGGUUCCUCUCAGAAUGCAAGUCACGGUCACCAUCCAGGUUUCUCUCAGAAUGCAAGUCACGGUCACCAUCCAGGUUCCUCUCGGAAUUCAAGUCCCCGUCACGGUCACUGUCCACGUUCCUCUCAGAAUGCAAGUCACGGUCACCAUCCAGGUUCCUCUCAGAAUGUAAGUCCUCAUCACAGUCACCAUCCAGGUUCCUCUCAGAAUGUAAGUCCUCGUCACAGUCACCAUCCAGGUUCCUCUCAGAAUGCAAGUCCCCGUCACGGUCACUGUCCACCUUCCUCUCAGAAUGUAAGCCCCCUCGUGGUCACCAUUCAUCCUCUAGCCAUGGGAGAAGAGUUGAGCCAACAGCCAGGCACCAUAGCUCUCCCAUGGAUGAAUGGAACAAGCGGUGGUCGGGAGAGACGUAAUUCGUAAGCAUAUCAGUCGGCCAUGACAGGAUACACCAGAUAGAACAGUAGUUGAUGUCAACCUGCAAAGACAAUACUUUUACCUCAAACCUGACAUCGUGCCUAUGCUGUUCUUUAAAAAAAAACUUGAAACCCUACAUAUUUAGGCUACAUUAUGCAGUUUACUUUUCUACAUGUUUUCAUCUAUUUUUAAAUGAAUAAAUGUCUGAUUUCUCUCCCUAAUUAAUAGGGUCGGUUAGCUGUGGUUGAAGUCAGAAGUGUGUAUUAUAUAGUAUGUACAUGUGUUAUUGUUACUCUUGACACCUAACGGUGAUUGGUGUUUGGUUACCUGUAUUCCUAUAGUAUUGUUUGCCUACAUUGUUAGGACACCAUCAUAGUGAUGGUAUUGGACAUUGUUUGUUUACAGUGUUUUCUAUUGCAACCAGAACCAAAACAUAAGGGAAGAAACCCGACAACUUGUUGUUGUAAUAUGUUCUUUUUUUAACGCUGGUGGUAAAGUGGGUAAAUCCAUCAUGGAUAUCGAUAUUAAAUGAUGUUUGAAAGCCAUUAUGUCGCUUUUUUAAUGUGAUUUCUUGCACUGGUUUAUAGUUUUGUGGCCAUAGAUGAUGUUUGUAGUUAAAUUCAACUGAUGCUGCUGAUGUUUCAGGUAUUGAGGAAUGUAUGUAGUUUACAGGUCACUGGUUUUAUACUUCGUCUUAAAGUUGUCAAUCCCAUGUUUUGUUUUUAAUAUGGGUCCAUUUUUUGUACGUUUUGAUGGUGUAUUGUUUAUUUUUAUGUACACCUCUGUUUACUGUAUUGUUAUGGCACUGAAAUAAUAUAAAUAUAGAAAAUAUGUUUUUGUUGAUUGA